GCCACAGGUCACCAAUCACUGGUCAGGAGUCAGAUUGACCAGGAAACUCAUCAUCUCUACGUUCUGUGGUAGAAGUAGUUCGACUUGUUCGCGAGUGAUUUGAAUGCUCCAUUACAUUAACACAACCUGAGAUACAGAGAGGCUUAGUGUAGGCGAGUGCACCAAACACUUUAAAGUAAAGCCUUUCGGACAAAUGUUUGAAUUUACUUCUCUUGUGUUUUUAUAUUUUGUGACCCACAACAUCACUCGUGACCAUAUACAGUGAUUAUACAACGAACGGGUCUGUGAACAAAGUGACACGUGUGACACACAGAUGUAAGAAUGGACGUGUCUGAUAGACGUACUAUUAAAAGGAUGCUGGUGUGUUGUGUGUGGACAAGCUGUAGUUUUCUUCUUCUGACUGGUGCAUGGAUGAUAGAAGGCGUAAAAUUUGAACAGUGCGGAGCUGAUGGUAUUGUGGAAAUAGUUGCUGGUCAAAAUACCUCGUUGACCUGCAAUGCGGAGGGGACAGUCAUGUGGAGACUUAUCUGGUUACAUAACCAAACUUUACAUAUAGCAAACUGCACUGAAGGUGUUUGUGGAAAUACUAUUUUGGGGGAUUUCAAUAAAUUAUUUCAGGUACAGGCUCGAGGCGCCAAUGACAGCAUUAUUACAAUUAAUACUGAGAAACUCACAAAGCUCUAUGACAGGGGGGUGUCUAUUAACAGUAGUCUGGUGUGCUCUCUUAUGUCAGCAAAACAUACCGUGACUACAGCAGCUCGCUGUGAACUCAACUACGUGCAUCCACCAGAAGAAGUGUCAUGUGAGGCAGACUAUACCUUAGGGUUUGUCAACGUGUCUUGUGUCAUUGGCAAAGUCUAUUCCUCACGUAGAAUUUACAAGUGUCGUCUGUUCCAACGUAAGAAUGAAUCAUCUGCCAGCUUGCAGACAGUAGAAAUGGAGACUUCACCGACCAGUGAGAAGACCAUCAAGAGUGAAGUGAAGGUGUCGGGUUCCUGUCAGUUCAACACAACUCUCCCUCCAGAGGAAGGAUGCUAUGAUCUUUUCGUCUCUGUCUCACCUACCGGGAGGAACUACUCUGUGAAUUUUACAUCCGACGGCUGUUAUUCGACUACUGACCAACCCAGCAUUUCGUCUCAGCAACCUGUCAUUGAGUCAGUGGAGGCAGCUAGUGUCAUAGUGCCUGCAAGUGUUUCUGGUCUCAUCGUCCUCAUCUUCGUCCUUAUCAUCGUUGGCCAUGUGAUUAGAAAGAAAAGAAUAGGCUGCUGGAGGACGAAAAACCACAUCAAGAAGCAUGAGGACUCUAUUGACAGUGGUGUGAAGAUGCAGCACCACUACGCUCUAGGUUCCGAACAAGAACGCAAAGGCAACAAGCAGAACCUGCCGGCUUUGCAAAAUUAUGAAGAUCCUCGGGAUUUAGUGUCAUUUAGGACUAAGCUGACGAUGGCAGAGAUGAACGACAAAGAUGUACGACUACAGGAAGAUGAGAGUCAACUGUAUGAUGUCUUAGAUUACACAAAGCAGAAAUCACGGGGAAAUGGCCGUCAAAACCAGGUCUGGAGAAUCGAGAAGAACAAAGAAAAGAAGCAAGAUCCAAAAAGGUUCGAGAACUGUGAGUACGUGACCCUAGGUCAGUUGCCGUGGAAACGACAAGCUGCUUCGUGCACCCAGGCUGCUGCAAGUUCCGAGACAUCCUGUGCACGUGUACAAAACGUCACCGACAGGAUGGAGAUACCCGGAUCACCAUCCGUCCACUCAAGCCGUGGUCACGCACGUGCAGCAGCUCGAGCGGAUGACAAAAUAGAGUACAGCCUAGCGACAAGCUUUCCCCCAGAUCCACUUCCUCCGCCCCAAUGACCCUCCAGAAAGACAAGAGUCGUGAGAAAGUCGGGAUGUGUGACAAUGAGUUUGAAAAUGAUUUCGCUAGCGCCUUGUUCCUCAUGCCCUAAUUAGCACCUCAGUGGGUUGUCAAAGAUGUCAUUUGCAUGUUUUUAUUUGAAGUUUAUCUCUCAGUUAUGUUUGCCGACAGCAAUAUAUGAAUAUGUGAAACAUUUAAGUCCCUGGUGCAAAUAAAUUCUUAUUGUUAAAUUUUCAUGUCCAUCUAUAUGUAGAUGUAAAUAUUGUUACAGUUGUGUGCUUAUGAUUUAUAAUUAUUUAUGUUGUUGUUAUUAUUAUUAUUUAAAAACGUGAUUUUUAUAUCGCAUACCCACUAUCGUCAGGAGCGCUUGAGACAAGAACGAGACAAUGACAACAUACGAAAAAAUGAAAGGAUGAACAGCAGUAUUGGUGACUAAAAAAAGAGAGAACAUAAAAAGAGUAAAGAGGUAACAAAAACUGAUAGUGCUGCGAUUAACUAGAGGAAGGCGUGUAGGGAAGUAGCAAUAAACGGAAAAAGAGGGGGUCAAAAAAAGGAUCAUCAUUGUAUGGACUGCUUUUAGGAGUAAUUCGCAAGGAAGAAAUUAGUUUUCGGUGCAAAUUUGAAAGAUUCAAUGGUGGAUUGAUAGUAGAUAUCGAAGGGGAGAGAGUUCCAUUAUUUUAGGUGCACAGUUACCAAACAUCCUGUGACCAUAUGUUGUUUUGGUGACAGGAAUAGUGAAGAUACGGACAUGAGAUGAAGAGUGAAGUUGAUGUGGUCUAUGUCCAGUUGUGUACACUUUUUUUUUACAAAAUGUUUUCUACUUGUUAUUGAAGCUUCUGACAUAACCAUCCAGCACAACAAGUCACUGUCAAGCAUAAGUUCUAGAAUACUCUUCACGUUUGCUUAUGUAAUAAAUCUGUUUUUGUAUUUCAGUGAUAUAAAAACUUAAUAAACUGCAAAAUAUUGCUAAAACAAUGUACAGAAAUAUUUUGUCAUGUUUUAGAUUAAAACACACUAUUGUUUAUUUUCUUUGUACUACUCAUUUAUACUUUGUGAACUGUUACAACUUGAUUAAAUGAAGUAAGUCAUUUUAAUAUAAUUAAAAAUAUUAUUCAUCUCUUGUAUGAAAGUUUUACUGGGUAGUUUUGGCUUUGAAACUAUGCUGAGAAAAUGUCUGGUCUCAAAGGAAACAGGAUCUAAUUAAUAUAAUUAAGAGGAGUGUGUAAAUGGGAGCAGUGGUAUGCUCUAGUUAUAUGUAAGACACGUGCAAAUUUUCUUGAACUGUCGGUUUCUCUGCUUUUCAAAAUCGUAUUCUAAAGAAUAAAGACAACAUCUAUGAAGUUGCGCAAAUAUUGAGUUCGAAACCUCCAUGUGGAUUAAGUCAGUCUACUAUGUGUCACGUUCUCUAAUUUUGUUUAAAAAUUCUGACCCUUUAUCUCUGGACAGAGUUUCACUGACCCAUGACCAGCUAUGUGAAUUUUUUCAAAACAAAACUUUCUCACCUUUCAACAGAUGUUAGUUUUCCCUCGUGAGGAUGAACUGGGAAGUGGAGGACUAUCUGUGUCAUUAUUUCGAUUACAUGUUCCUUAAUUUGUUAAUUUGUUUGUGUCAGAUUGUUCCCACAGAAAUGGGGAUUGGUGAAACUGUGUCCACUUCCCUGACGCCAUAAUCCUGGUCUAGUGUCUAGACUAUCAUGUUUUAUUGUAAAAUUAGAUGAGGUAUAAAAUGGGGCUUUACACAAUCAGAAGGCGUUUUGAAAGUUGGUUUGAUUUCCGACCAGCGGAACACUUUUAAGCCCACCCGAAUCUUAAGUCGACAGAAGAUAUCGCUGGCAAGCAUGUCAUCUACCCGUCCUGCUCACAGCCAUUCAGGUCCAACAAGGCUUGGGGCUUGUUAGCUGCUGUAUCCCUUAACUUCCCAAGACAGCCAGUGGAUGUCAAGUGGAAAUCAAACUGAUAUCAUACGUCUGAUUUAGUUAUUAUGCAAAUUUUUCGUUGUAUUUAAGUUUACAAUAUAACAUUGACAAAGAUACACCUUUUCUUCUUGAGAAACAUAAUCCUUGAAUAAUUGACAUUUUCUGCUUAUGAAGAAAUUGUCAAAAACUGAGCCGCGCAAUU